AUGGCACCCACGGCAGAUUCUGUUGAUCCCACAAUCAGCGCCCUGCGAGAGUCGCUGUGCUCCGAGGACACCCCACUGCCCGUGCGGUUUCGCGCCCUCUUCUCACUGAAGCACCUGGCCACCCAGUCACAAGAUGCCAGCGCCGAGGCUGCCAUGGAUGCGAUCGCAAAGGCUUUCGCCUCGCCUUCCGCCCUGCUCAAACACGAACUGGCUUACUGCCUCGGCCAGACCCGCAACCUCUACGCUGUCCCACCCCUGCGAAAAUGCCUAGCCGAUCUCGACGAAGACCCCAUGGUCCGACAUGAGGCCGCCGAGGCUCUCGGUGCGAUUGGCCACUCCAGCAACGUGGAUAUACUCUGCAAGUACAGGGACCGGAAAGGCGAGAACGUGGCAGUCGUGGAGACUUGUGAGAUCGCCCUGGACCGUAUCGAGUGGGAGAACUCAGAAGAGAGGAAGCAGGAGAAGUUGCGUCAGAGUGAUUUCGCCUCCAUCGACCCUGCACCGCCGAUGCCGGAAUCCACGAAGACUGUCGAAGAACUCGGCAAUGAGUUGAUGGACACCAAGAUCCCUCUGUUCAUGCGCUACCGGGCAAUGUUUGCUCUGCGAGAUCUCGCUUCACCCCCGGACCUCCCAACUGCAGUCCCUGCCGUACACGCUCUUGCAAGAGGAUUCGACGACCCUUCCGACCUCUUCCGCCACGAGAUCGCCUUCGUGUUCGGCCAACUAUCCCAUCCAGCGUCCAUUCCUGCCCUAACAUCCGCGCUUGGCAAUCAGAAGGAGGCCGGCAUGGUAAGACACGAAGCCGCCGAAGCUCUCGGGAGUCUUGGCGACGAAGAGGGCGUCGAAGACAUCUUGAAAGGCUUCCUCAAUGACCCAGAGCGCGUGGUCCGGGAGAGUGUCAUGGUAGCCUUGGACAUGGCCGAGUAUGAGAAGGGAGAGCAGGCAGAAUAUGCGCUCAUACCAGAAAGCGCAACGGCUUAG